AUGGACGGCGGACGAGGAGGGCAAAGUGCAUCCACCACCCCGCGUCCCUGCCUGAUGACAUGGAGAAGGCGCGGCUCCAUUUCCCAGGGCUACGAGGAAAGCUACUUUGGGACGGUGUACACGUCAGAUGACCGGGGCAUCCUGUACUCUAAGUCUCUAGAGCGCCACCUCUUUGGUGGGGAAGGGAAGAGCGACUUCACCAACGUCACCUCCAUGAGAGGAGUGUACCUCACCAACGUACUGGAGGAGGAUGGCCGCAUUCGGACAGUCAUUUCAUUUAACCGAGGGGGAGAGUGGACACUCCUCAACAAGCCCCAGAAUGUUGAGUGUGGUGAGGAUUCAAGAAAUGAUUGUAACUUGCACAUCCACGGUGAGCACAGUCGCUACAACGGCAUCACUCCCAUGCUGCCUCUCUCUGACCCCACUGCCGUUGGCCUUGUCAUCGCCCAUGGCAGUGUGGGGGACUCCAUCUCGUCAACACGGCCUGACGUGUACGUGUCAGAGGACGGGGGGUACAAGUGGAGGGGUUCCCUGAGGGGGCCCCAUCACUACAGCAUCCUGGACGCUGGGGGGCUCGUCGUGGCUGUGGAGGCCCACCCCAUGGACGGCCAAAUCAACACCAUCAAGUUCUCCACAGAUGAGGGCCAGUGUUGGAAGGUGUACAACUUUACAGAGCAGCCCAUCUUCUUCGCUGGCCUGACAUCCGAGCCGGGCACCAAGACCAUGAACAUCAGCGUGUGGGGCUACCGGCCCGAGGACGACCACCAGCCCAUGUGGGUGGUGGUCACCAUUGACUUCCAGAGUCUCCUCACCAGAGAGUGUGGUAACCAGGACUAUGUUCAGUGGUUGGCCCAUGCCAGAGAGGGCGGGGACUUGGCAACAGAGGGGUGUGUCUUGGGCUUCAAGGAGAUCUUCAGGAGGCUGAGGAAGCUGUCCGUCUGCAGGAAUGGACGGGACUACGUGGUAAGCAGGCAGAAAAGCCCCUGCCCCUGCACCAGAGAGGACUACUUAUGUGACUAUGGUUACUAUCGUCAUGAGAACAGCUCAGAGUGCAUGAGACAACUGGACACUGCAGACCACGCCCUGGAGGUGUGUCUAAAUGGAGAGGAGGAGGAGCUUAGGACGUCGGGGUACCGUAAGGUUCCCAGUGAUAAGUGUGAGGGAGGUUUCACUCCCCUGCGCAGAAAGGAAACAGUCAACAGGCACUGUGGGAACUCCAGUCAGCCCCCCACUGCCAGCCCAUAUUCUGAAACCCCGUGUGAAAGGUGUGACUUACCUGGGCAUAAUGUAACAGUGUUCUUCAUUCUCGGGAGACACACAUUGUGA